UGUAACGUAAUCGAAAACAAAGUAUAUAGUAUCAUUUCUGAAAAUAAUCGCGAAAAUCGAAACUGUAUAGCGCAACGAAGGGAAUAUAAAGGAACGUGAAUACAUGAUUCAAUUCGUUUAAUUGAAUUACACCUAUACUGUUUGUAGCUAGUGUGCGUGAUUUCGUAAGCACGAGUAUAUUGCAAGCUCGUUUUCCUUUGUGACAGGAUUAAAGUCAUAUAGACCCGAUUUAUAUACACGUAGAUAGAAAUACGAUGUCUUGAAUCGAUGUAUGGUAAAGCCCGUUUCUGGGUAAAGCGUAAUUUCCAUUCUCUUCUAUCAAACACGAUCUGAUUUGAAUCUAUUGCUAAUAGCGCAUCUUCACAAUGUUGUCAGAGGUCGACGUGUUUAUUAGCAAUUACACUCUUGUUGAUCCCGAGAUCUAUCAACUUUGGGUCGAUGGUCAUACAUCGAGCGAUGCAGUUAGUAUCUUGCAUCAACGAGGAAUAUGUCAUCAAACAAAUGCACCGAUCGAAUUAAUCGCUUCCGAUAUCCUCGAUCAUUAUCGAACUUACGCUCUUCUGGAAAAGCUUCUUCAUACUCCCACGAAAUUGGCGAGUGAACAGUUAGCAUUUCAAAUCGAACCUCAAACUAGUCAGAUGCUUAUCGAAAUGUAUUACGAAUUCGACGAUGUGGUCAUCAGAGAGCUAUUAGGUAAAAAGUUGACAUCAAAAAGUAGAAAAGACAUGGACGAAGUGUCAGAAAAGACAGGCAUCACGUUAAAGAGUUGUCGCAGACAAUAUGACAACGUGAAGAGGGUGUUCAAAGUUGUCGAAGAUUUACCAGGUUCCUUAGCUGCCAAUAUCGAACAACACUUUUUACUUUCCGAAGAUCUUGCCAAGCGAUAUGCGGCCGUGGUAUUCAUAGCGUGUCUUCGAUUCGAGAUGAACAAAAGAAAGCUCCAAUUUUUAACAUUUCCCGAUUUAUACCAUUGCGCCAAUAGUAUGAUGUCUUCGUGGACGUAUCGUUGCGUCGGGUCUGAAUAUUUUGAUACAGAUUUGGAUAGAGAAUUCUUACUAGAACUAGCAGAGUCUAGGAUACUUUUGGAAAAUGAUAAACACCACAAACAGUAUAUCCGUUUUUAUAGUUUAGUAUGCAUCAAGCUUAAACCUGUGCUUCUGGAACGUUCGUACCAAGAAGUGGAUGCAAACUUUCGUUCGUAUUCCAGAGCAAUACUAGGAAUAGGUUGUAAUCUUCAUCGUUCCCGAGACUUGAGGUUUUUCUUUCUGGAACUAGUAGAAAGAUGCAUAGAGCCGUGGCGUCAAGUUAAUUGGACACACACUGAUCUCAGACACUUUUUGUCAGUUUAUACUCAAUGCGCGUUAGACAUGGAUGUCCUUAGAGACGGGGAGUUGAGGGAUGCUUUUGAGCGCUACAUGACCGUCGUAACGUGCUGUUUGUUGCGUAUGUAUCACACAUGACUAUUACUGAAAGAAGACGACGGUAUGCAAAAAGUAAAUGCAAUUAGCAACGAUGGGAAUUAAAUUAUGUGGAAUGAAAUAAAC